GAAAUUUCAUGAUUGUGUUAUUCAAUUUGAUUAUCCAUUGAGUUUAUUGAUUUUUUUAUUAUUCUUUGUUGUUUUUGUUUCCUAUGCCAUAUACAAAUGUUUUAGUACCUAAAUUGAUUUAAAUCUAUUACCUAAAUUGAUUUGAAUCUUACUAUUGAACCUGUAAAUCUGACUAUUCUUAUGCAGUACAUGAUCCUUGAAAAAUCAGUAUUUCCAAGAAGCUUUAAAUAUUCUGGUAGACCUUACAAAUUUUGAUAUAGUUUUGGCCAUUGGGUAAAAACAAAAAGAAGAAAGCCACCAAUGCUGGUUAACUAUAAACUAAGUCCCUUCACUUGCAUCCUACUGGGCUGUUAUUUUUCACUUUCUUUUCGAAGGACGUGGUAGGAAUAUUAUGUGUUUCAAAUGCAAUUGAAAUAUUCAUGUGUUUCAAAUAAUUGAGAAGGUAAGUAAUGAACAAUAUGCUGAAGCAAAACUUUCCCUGCCCUUGGGAAAAAACCAGCUGAAUUUUGCAGAAGCAAACGAAAACUGAGAGGCAAAAGAAUCUCGGAGGAAAGAUCAACCUGGUUAUCAUAUAAUUACCCUGCGAGGUUUCUAAGUUGACCUCACAUAGGUUAAUGAGAAACAUGAUGUCUGAAGAGGCUGGACAGAUGCUUGUGGUUUAUGAUGAUCCCUCAGACCAACGAUCUGUGUCUUUGGAUGAUACCAGUAGCACGGAAGAAUCACCUGAUAAAACCAGACUUUCACUAGAAACUACUAAUGAUGCAAUUCCAUACAUUGGGCAGAGGUUUGCUACCCAUGAUGCAGCUUAUGAAUUCUACAGUGAAUUUGCGAGGCGAUGUGGAUUCUCAAUCCGCCGUCAUCGCACAGAAGGAAAGGAUGGGGUUGGCAAAGGACUCACCAGACGUUAUUUUGUCUGUCACCGAGCUGGAAAUACUCCUGUCAAAGCCUCAAAUGAGAGCAAGCCCCAAAGGAACAGAAAAUCCUCCCGGUGUGGGUGUCAAGCAUAUAUGAGGAUAAGCAAGGCCACAGAGAUAGGGAUGCCAGAAUGGCGUGUCACAGGUUUUGCAAAUCACCAUAAUCAUGAACUCCUAGAACCAAAUCAGGUCCGUUUCCUUCCUGCAUAUCGAACCAUAUCAGAUGCAGACAAAAGCAGAAUCCUCAUGUUUGCCAAAACAGGAAUUUCAGUGCAGCAAAUGAUGAGGCUCAUGGAGCUUGAAAAAUGUGUGGAGCCAGGAUACUUGCCAUUUACUGAGAAGGACGUGAGGAAUUUGAUUCAGUCUUUCAGGAAAUUAGAUCCGGAGGAAGAGAGCAUAGACUUGUUAAGAAUGUGCAGAAACAUAAAAGAGAAAGACCCGAACUUUAAAUUUGAAUACACACUUGAUUCAAACAAUAGGUUAGAGAAUAUAGCUUGGUCAUAUGCAUCAUCAAUCCAGUCAUAUGAUAUCUUUGGUGAUGCAGUGGUAUUUGAUACAACACAUCGCCUGACUGCAUUUGACAUGCCUCUUGGGAUAUGGGUUGGAGUGAAUAAUUAUGGAAUGCCAUGUUUCUUCGGUUGUGUGCUUUUACGAGAGGAAAAUUUGAGGUUAUUAUCGUGGGCAUUGAAGGCAUUCUUAGGGUUUAUGAAUGGGAAGGCUCCACAAACAAUUCUAACUGACCAAAAUAUGUGCCUCAAAGAAGCAAUAGCAAUGGAGAUGCCAACAACAAAACAUGCUCUUUGCAUAUGGAUGACUGUGGCAAAGUUUCCAUCCUGGUUUAAUGCUGUUCUGGGAGAACGUUAUACUGAGUGGAAGGCAGAGUUCCAUCGACUCUAUAACCUGGAGUCAAUUGAGGAUUUUGAGCUGGGUUGGAGGGACAUGGUUAAUUCUUUUGGGCUGCACAAUAAUAGGCACCUUGCCAACUUGUAUACCUUGCGCACUCUUUGGGCAUUACCAUACUUGAGAAGCCAUUUCUUUGCAGGAAUGACUGCAGCUGGUUAUUCAAAAUCAAUUAAUGCUUUCAUACAACGAUUUCUGAGCGCACAGACUCGGCUUGCACACUUUGUGGAACAAGUUGCUGUUGCUGUAGAUUUUAAAGAUCAAGCUGCUGAACAGCAAACAAUGCAGCAGAAUCUCCAAAACAUAUGCCUAAAAACAGGGGCACCUAUGGAAUCCCAUGCUGCCACAGUCCUUACGCCAUAUGCCUUCUCUAAGCUCCAGGAACAACUUGUUUUGGCUAACCACUAUGCAUCAUUCCAGAUGGAAGAUGGGUUUCUUGUGAGACACCAUACUAAACUUGAGGGAGGCCGGAAAGUAUAUUGGGUUCCUAGGGAAGGCAUCAUUAGUUGCAGCUGCCAUCAGUUUGAGUUCUCUGGAAUUCUUUGUCGGCAUGCUCUCCGAGUUCUUUCCACAGGAAAUUGUUUUCAGAUUCCAGAAAGGUAUCUCCCCACCCGUUGGAGUAGAAUCAGCACAAGUCCAGCGAAACUUCUUCACGGUUCUCCAAACGAUCACGGAGAAAGGGUACAGUUAUUGCAGAACUUGGUAUCAACUCUAAUAACUGAAUCUACCAAGUCAAAAGAAAGGCUGGACAUUGCUACUGAGCAAGUUUCCAUCCUCUUAUCUCGCAUCAGGGAGCAGCCAGUUCCAUCACAUGGUGUGAGAGAGAUCGCAUCUACUCAUCACAAUAUUUAGCCAAACGACAAUACCAUUGUUUGAAUUAUCUUGGAAAGCAGGAGGAAACAUGCCAACAUUUUGGUAAAGAAAGCAAGUUGGCUAUAUCUGUGAAGCAAUGAUUAAAUGAAUUUACUUGCUUGUGGAUUGAAAUUCUGCAUGAAAAUUUUUGUAACUUUGGUUCAUGCAAUCAUAUGAUCAUACAUGGUGUUUUAUUUCCC